GAUUUGGAAGGUGCGCGAAAAGGGCUUGACCGUGAUUAGGUGAUAGCUUCUGAUCUACUGGCUCCAGUGCAUCCCAGCGGCGUUCACAAGGCAUUCGAGCUACGUAUAAGUCUCGAUUUGUUGUGGAGUUUCACGUACACGAGUAACGCGAAAAGACCAAGCAUUCCAGCCAAGAGUGGAAGAAGCUGGGAGAACGUAUCAAACAUGAGCAGCAAAUCAGUCAGGAUCAACGGUCUUCCCGAGGAGAGCACAGGCCGCUCUGGAAAUCAGGCCAAAGCCUCGAAAGGAGGGUCUACGGCAAAAUGGUCUUGUCGCGUAGGUUUGCUUCUCGCAAUCCUGCUCCUGAUCCACCUCAUCGUCUCAAUCUGGAGCAAGUAUUCUGCGACGACCGGGAAUAAUUAUUGUGCAGGAUCUUGCGACGACGACGCUUCAGCCAUUUCGAGCGUUGUCCAGCGCUGUUUCCAGAGGCAUACGAUUCGGGCAUGCGAGCUCUUCUACUACGAAGCGCUGAGUAACUGGUUCAUGAAACUGCAUCCGGAGCCGUACGUCGAAGGCAUCGAAUCACAGAGUUCCGAUGAUUCGAUCGAGAUGAGCGACUGGGAGAAACUGGAAAUCUUCUCCUCGCAGUUCAGCACUUCGAUUCAAGCGAGAAAUUUUACGGCGACGGGGAAUUUACUCCGCGAAAUUUUUGGCCACCUCACGGCCAAUAUCAAUAGAGGACCAAUCGAUGAGCGCCAAAGCCCUGCGCUGUGAUUGCCUUUCUGGUGCCCUCUCUUUUCGUACUCAUUCCCCGGAUAACCUCAUUAAUGCCUACCUUAAUAUUGAGAAGCUUCUCUCGGAUUCACAAGAGAGGUCCCUGUCGUGUGGAGAAGUAUUCACCAAGGUGUUUCGCCUUAUUCGUCUGGCCUCUGCUCCUCGAUGGUCUCGGGGAUUUUCUGUGACCUAAUCGAAACUGCGUGAUGUCACACGCCUGAAAACGCCGUAUCUUCUUCACAACGUGGCUUCGAGGAGUCGUCGGUGAAUUUUGUGGGUGGGAAAACAUGAAAGAUCAGAGAAUAAAUCAUAAAGAAUCAAUUAAUU